CAGCAAGGGGACCUCCACACUCUCAGAGGCAAAGAGCAGCACACACGGCUGAAGGGACGCUCAGAGGAGGGAACCCCAGAGGACGGUGGCCAUGGACCUGAUCCCAAGCUUUUCUGUGGAAACCUGGCUUCUCCUGGUUACCAGCCUGGUGCUCCUCUAUCUAUAUGGGAUUUAUUCACAUGGACUUUUUAAGAAGCUGGGGAUCCCCAGGCCAAGACCUCUGCCUUAUUUUGGAAAUGUUCUGGCCUACCGUAAGGGUAUGUGGAAUUUCGAUAAUAAAUGUUUUAAAGAGUAUGGGAAAAUGUGGGGGUUUUUUGAUGGUCAGCAGCCCGUGUUGGCUAUCACAGAUCCAGACAUGAUCAAAACAGUCCUGGUAAAAGAAUCUUACUUGGUCUUCACAAACUGGCGAUAUUUUGGCCCAUUGGGAAUUAUGAAAAAUUCCAUGUGUCUGGCUGUGGAUGAACAAUGGAAGAGAAUACGAACGUUGCUGUCUCCAACCUUCACCAGUGGAAAGCUCAAGAAGAUGUUUCCCAUCGUUGUUCAGUAUGGAGAUGCACUGGUGAGGAACCUGAGGAAGGAAACAGAGAAAGGCAAGCCCAUCAAUGUGAAAGACAUCUUUGGAGCCUACAGCCUGGAUAUGACUACUGGAACAUUAUUUGGAGUGAAAAUUGAUUCUCUCAACAAUCCACAACAUCCAUUUGUGGAAUAUGUCCAAAAAAUUGUAAUAUUUGAUUGUCUCGAUUAAUUACUUCUCUUUAUAACACUCUUUCCAUUCCUCAGCCCCGUCUCUGAAGUAUUAAAUAUCUCUCUGUUUUCAAAAAGUGCCAUGGAUUUUUUCACAAAAUUUGUAAAAAGCAUAAAAGAAAGUCGCCUCAAAGAUCAACAAAUGCACCGAGUGGACCUUCUUCAGCUGAUAAUUAACCACCAGAAUUAUAAAGAAAUGGACGCCCAUAAAGUCCUGUUUGACGAAGAACUUGUGGCCCAAGGUAUUACCUUUAUUUUUGCUGGCUAUGAGACCACUAGCACUCCUCUGUCCUUCCUGAUGUAUAAAUUGGCCACUCACCCUGACAUCCAGGAGAAGCUGCAGAAGGAGAUUGAUGUGACCUUCCCCAGUAAGACACCUCCAACCUACGAUGCCCUGGCACAGAUGGAAUACCUUGACAUGGUGUUGAAUGAAAUUCUCAGAUUAAUCCCACUUGCUGCUAGACUCGAAAGAGUCUGUAAGAAGGACAUGGAAGUCCAUGGGAUGUUCCUUCCCAGAGGGACCGUGAUGCCCCAGGGAAGGGGACCCACCCUGAUCCAGGCUGGUCUGAGCACAUUCUGAGGACUCAAUUAUUGUA